AUGGCGCCUCUGCAGGCGCCGCGCGCAGACGCGUCUGCCCGCGGCCCGGCGGCGGCGGCGGCGGGAGGUGGAGACGGCCUCUUGGAUGUCUCCGAGGUGGCGCGGCAGAACCUGAGGAAGGCGGCCAACGCGUGCCGGCGCUACGGCUGGCUGAGCUUCUGGGUGCAGCUGGUGCUCAACACCGUGGCAGCCGUCGUGCUGCUCUUCUCCCUCGCCUUCACCUCGCAGAACGGCCCCUCGAUCUCCCUCUACAUGACGCUCUUUGGCAUCGUGCUGGGCUUCCUGUCCCUGUUCUGGUCCUUUGGCUACGUGCGCCUGUCGCGCAAGCUGCGCGCGUUCCUGGACGCCGCCAGCCUGGACGCCGCGCCCAAGAUCCGCCGCUCCGAUGUGAUCUCCAUGCUCGAGAAGGGCGCGGUGAUCAACGUGCUGGGAGCGGGGGCCACCAUGCUGGGCCUGUCUGCCACCAUCGGCGUGCUGCUGGCCAAGACCCUCACCUCCGCCACCGUCAACCCCUUCCUGGCAACCUCCUCCACCAACUGGAACCCUGUGCUGGCCUUUGACGUCUUCAACGUGCAGGCCACCACCAACGCGCUGCUGGCCCACUUCUUCAGCCUGGUGUGCAGCCUAUGGCUGCUGCGCAUCGUCGCCAACCGCCCCUCCACCAUGCACGUGAUGGCGACGACCAGCAGCGGCGCCGCGCCGCGCGGCGGCAGCAGCAGCGCCAAGCCCGUCGGGGCAUGA